UUCAACUGUACUGUCACUGCACUUGAACUUGGAAUCUUGUAACCUGAGGAACUGCACUGGGGAAAAGAAGAAACAUCUCACAAAUGGGAAAUUAUAAAUCUAGACCAACUCAGACUUGCACUGAUGAAUGGAAGAAGAAAGUCAGUGAAUCUUAUGCUGUUAUAAUAGAAAAAUUAGAAGAUGACCUGCAGAUCAAAGAGAAAGAACUUACAGAACUAAGGCAUAUAUUUGGGUCUGAUGAUGCAUUCAGUAAAGUCAAUUUAAAUUAUCGCACAGAGAAUGGGCUGUCUCUACUUCAUUUAUGUUGCAUUUGUGGAGGCAACAAGUCACAUAUUAGAACCCUAAUGUUAAAAGGACUCCGUCCAUCUCGACUGACAAGAAAUGGAUUUACAGCCCUGCACUUGGCAGUUUACAAGGAUAGUGCAGAAUUGAUCACAUCCCUGCUUCACAGUGGAGCUGACAUACAGCAGGUUGGCUAUGGUGGCCUCACUGCCUUGCAUAUUGCUACAAUAGCUGGUCACCUGGAGGCUGCUGAUGUACUCCUGCAACGUGGAGCGAAUGUCAACGUUCAAGAUGCGGUUUUCUUCACUCCACUGCACAUUGCAGCAUACUAUGGGCACGAACAGGUAACCCGCCUCCUUUUGAAAUUUGGUGCUGAUGUGAAUGUAAGUGGUGAAGUUGGAGAUAGGCCCCUCCACCUAGCAUCUGCAAAAGGAUUUUUUAGUAUUGCAAAACUCUUGAUGGAAGAAGGCAGCAAAGCAGAUGUGAAUGCUCAGGACAAUGAAGACCAUGUUCCGCUCCAUUUCUGUUCUCGCUUUGGACACCACGAUAUAGUGAGGUACCUGCUCCAGAGCGAUUUGGAAGUUCAGCCACAUGUUGUUAAUAUCUAUGGAGACACCCCUCUGCACCUGGCAUGUUAUAAUGGCAAAUUUGAAGUCGCUAAGGAAAUCAUCCAAAUAUCAGGAAUAGAAAGUCUGACUAAGGAAAACAUCUUCAGUGAAACAGCUUUUCACAGUGCUUGUACCUAUGGUAAAAGCAUUGACCUGGUGAAAUUUCUUCUUGAUCAGAAUGUUGUAAGCAUCAACCACCAAGGAAGGGAUGGGCACACAGGGUUGCACUCUGCCUGCUACCAUGGUCACAUUCGCCUGGUUCAGUUCUUACUGGAUAGUGGAGCUGACAUGAAUCUUGUAGCAUGUGAUCCCAGCAGGUCUAGUGGUGAAAAAGAUGAACAGACAUGUUUGAUGUGGGCUUAUGAAAAAGGACAUGAUGCAAUUGUCACACUCCUGAAGCAUUAUAAGAGACCGCAUGAUGAACUGCCCUGUAAUGAGUAUUCUCAGCCUGGAGGAGAUGGCUCCUAUGUGUCUGUUCCAUCCCCCUUGGGGAAGAUUAAAAGCAUGACGAAAGAGAAGGCGGAUGUUCUCCUCCUAAGGGCUGGAUUGCCCUCACAUUUCCAUCUUCAGCUCUCAGAGAUUGAGUUCCAUGAGAUUAUCGGCUCAGGUUCUUUUGGAAAAGUAUAUAAAGGACGAUGCAGAAAUAAAAUAGUGGCUAUAAAACGUUACAGAGCCAACACCUACUGCUCCAAAUCAGAUGUGGAUAUGUUUUGCCGGGAGGUGUCCAUUCUCUGCCGGCUCAAUCACCCCUGUGUAAUUCAGUUUGUGGGUGCCUGCUUGAAUGAUCCCAGCCAGUUUGCCAUUGUCACUCAGUACAUAUCAGGGGGUUCUCUAUUCUCCCUCCUUCAUGAACAGAAGAGGAUCCUUGAUUUGCAGUCUAAAUUAAUUAUUGCGGUAGAUGUUGCCAAAGGCAUGGAGUAUCUUCACAACCUGACACAGCCAAUUAUACACCGUGACUUAAACAGUCACAAUAUUCUUCUCUGUGAGGAUGGGCAUGCUGUGGUUGCAGAUUUUGGAGAAUCAAGAUUUCUGCAGUCUCUGGAUGAAGACAACAUGACAAAACAACCUGGGAACCUCCGCUGGAUGGCCCCUGAGGUGUUCACGCAGUGCACUCGCUACACCAUUAAAGCUGACGUCUUCAGCUACGCUCUGUGUCUGUGGGAACUCUUCACUGGCGAAAUUCCAUUUGCUCACCUCAAGCCAGGGUACAAGCUGGAGACGGGUCAGGCCCCUGGUGUUUCGGAACCAGGACCCCCGCAGCGUGCGGAGGGCAUUGUGGCUCAGCACGAGCACCUGCAGACUGCGAAGCUCGCUGAAGGUGUGGUCGGUGAGCGUGGCGCUGGAUAUUUGGUUGUGCUCCAGCAGCAACGUACGCAACUGGAAAAGACCAUGAAGGGCAUCUUCCCGAACAUCCUGGAUGCCGUUUCUGCUCAAGGAGAGCAGGGCCAAAUUAAACAAGAGAGACAGAUUUGUGCUCUCUAUAGAGGAGAGGGAAGGCCUGAAUUUUCAGAAGUUGUUACCAAGUUAGAAGAAUGCCUCUGCAACAUCGAGCUGAUGUCUCCUGCAUCAAGUAACAGCAGCGGGUCUCUCUCGCCUUCCUCUUCCUCCGACUGCCUGGUGAGCCGGGGAGGGCCUGGCCGGAGCCACGUGGCAGCUUUACGGAGUCGCUUUGAAUUGGAAUAUGCGCUAAAUGCAAGGUCUAGUGCUCCCUGGUCUCAAAGUGCUGGACAAUGUACCUCUCAAGGCCUGUCUUUGGAGGAGAUGAAGAGAAGUCUUCAGUUCUCACCUGUUGACAAAUUUGGCUAUGUGUCUGAUCCCAUGAGCCCGAUGCAUUUUCAUUCUUGCCGGAAUAGUGGCAGCUUUGAGGACAGCAGCUGACAGCAUUCCAUAUAUAUCUAAGGAGCAUUUUCCCCUCACACUGACAGCAACAAUUCCAGCCAUGGCAGGCUUGCUUCCAAUUAUAAUAUUUUACCCUGUAAGGUUCCCUUAAAUUGGCUUGUUUAUCCUGUUCCUAUUUAAUUCCCUCCCAAGUCAGACUUUGGAUUUGUGGCUAAGAAAUGAAAUGCAAAAGAACCAAGACAGAAUAUAUUUGAAGAAUUGGUUUUAAUUUUUUAAAUGAAAUAACAGAUUUUUACUGACUUGGAGAAGUGGCCUAAGUCCAUGGUGGGCACUUAGCAAUUAUUAUGUUUUCCUUGACCGAAUUAUGUAGACUUGUGUUUGAGAGCCAUGGGUCUGAUUUCUUAGAAUAUCGUUCAUUUUCUUAUCUCAUUAUGUUACUUCUAGUGUCCAGCUCUGUGAUUAAAGAUUCUUUGGUGGCA